CGCGCGGCGGCCGGCGCCCAGAGCACCGACCAGGCAGCCGCAGGCAGAGGCGCGCAGGAUGCCGCUGUCGCCGCCACCGCGGGGCGGCCCCGGGGAGCCCAGCCCGUGCGCGACCCCCAAGAAGCACACCCCCUUCCACCUCUGGCUCUCCAAGAAGAGGCCGCAGCCGUCGGCCUGUGGGGUGUUCGUUCCGCACCCGCCCCGGGCGCCCCUCUGCGGGGCCAGACCUCUGGAGGCAGUGGGUGGCGCCCCUGUGUCUCAAGAGCACCAGGAGAUCCCAUCACGUGGUGCGGAACCCCAGGUCCUUCACAGCACUAGUGAGCAGCCUGGCCCCUUACCCACGGAAUCCGGGGUGCUCAAAAAGUCUAGAGCACAACCACCAGAAGAGAACAAAAGGAAGCCAGUUUUGGGGAAACUUGGGAAUUUGUUCACGCCGGGACGGAGAAGAAACACCAGAAACGAGUUAGAGGGUCCCCCCAGCUCGAAUGCCAAGCCAGCGCCUCCCCGAGAUGUGACCUCCCCCAAACUCCCCGACAGGGAGCGCGCGAAGGCUGAGCCUCAGGCCAGCCCGCCGGAGCCGGCCGACCCACGCGCGGAGCCCCCGGCCCCCGAGGGCGGGCGGACCGAGACCCGGGCCCCGGCGGCGCCCCCGGACGCCGAGCUGCCACCUGGCCCGGGCGCCCGCGCGGCCGCCGUGCAGCAGGGCCCCGGCGGUGAUUCACCCCAAUUAGAGCCUCUGGAGGCAGGAGGAGAGUCGGCCGCAGACGCCGCCGCCGAGCAGCUGCAUUCCUCCCCCGAGCAGCUGCAUUCCUCCGCCGAGAAGCCCUCCGGGCGAGAGCAAGCAGACGCACUCGCCCACGGUCCGGGGGAGGACGCCGCGCCCGGCGGGGGCGGCGAACCCGAGACAGCCCGGGGCGCGGGGGGCGUGCCGGGCUCGCCUACCCGGCGUCGGCCCGCCGGAGGACCGGGCGAGUUGGCGGACGGGGCGCCCCACGUGCGCGCGGGCGGAGGCUCCCCCGAGCCCCGGGACGCGCGCCGCCAGCCCCCCGAGGCCGCCGCCGCCGCCCCCCCGGCGCCCCCUCCCGCCGAGCGCGCGCAGGCCGACGGUGAGGCCGGGCCACGAGGGCGCGCGCAGCCCGCCACGGUGCUCACGUUGGACAUCUACCUGAGCAAGAGCGAGGAGGCGCGCGCGGCCGAGCCGGCGGCCGGCACCGCGGAGCCCGAGGGCGACGGCGACUCGGACGACAUGGACCGGAGGGCGGGCGGCCGCAGGGCGGGCAGGCGGCGGAGGUCGCAGAGGCUCGCCACCUCCCCCGGCGCCGACGCGGUGCUGCCCGGCUGCGCGCCCGACGACGACGCGGCUGCCGACCGGAAAGUGAGAUCCCCGCGGGCGGCCGCCGACGGGGGCGUUGCCCCGGGCGCAAGCGCCGAGCCCAGGCCCAGCCCCGGGCCCAGGGCGCCGCUUCGCGGCGAGCAGGACCGGAGCAGACCGCCGCCGGCCGCGUCCCCCACCAAGAGGAGGGCUCGGGGCCGCGGGCCCGAGGCCGCGCCCGCCGGAGGCCCGCGGGCUCCCGCGCGUCCGGACCCCCCGUCGCAGGCCGCCCCGGGCCCCGCGGGGGGCAGCGUUGAGGCGGCGCGGGCCGGGCCCCGCGAGCUGCCCGUGCGGAGCUGCUCGUUGCUGCCCGAGAUCAGGCCGGAGCACAAGCGGGGCCCGCUGCCCGCCCACUGGGACGGCCGCGCCGCGGAGCAGGGCAGGCCGGCCGCGGCCGACGCCGAGGGUCCGAAGCCCAGGAGCCCCUUCGGCGCCGGCAGGUCGACGGUAACCACCAAGGUGACGCUCCCUGCCAAGCCCAAACAUGUGGAACUAAAUCUUAAAACCCCGAAGAAUCUUGACAGUUUGGGAAACGAACCUAAUCCACUUAGCCAGCCAGUUCAUAAAGGAAACACUGCCACCAAAAUCUCCUUGUUUGAGAAUAAGCGGGCAAACAGUAGCCCCAGGCAUGCUGACGUCCGGGGCGUGAGGAACACUCCUGCCUCUAGUAAAACAUUCGUGGGGAGGGCAAAGCUCAACUUAGCCAAAAAAGCCAAGGAAAUGGAGCAACCAGAAAAGAAAAUCAGCACCAACAGCCACCUGAAUGGCGUGCUGGUGAAGGAAGCCUCUGCAGAAGCCAAAGUCAUUCUCCCAGAGGAAGAGAUUCCACGGGCGCCCGGGAGUCCCAGCGCGGGAGGGAUGGAAGGCCAGCCUCCAGCGGGCCAGGCUCUAGGUCCUCAGCUUAGCCACAGUGGUAAAGCAGAUGUGCAAACAGAUGCUGAUGGCCCUGCCGAGCCAGCGGUCACCGCUCUGAUUCCUGUCAACGACCACAAGCUGGCAGGAGAGGACGAAGCAACGGCAGCUGACAGCAAAGGACUUGUACUUGAAAACAGCUCCUCCAUCUUGGGUACCAGAGGUUCCCCUCCGACAGCCACACCAGAGCCACAGGACGCACUUUCUGACUCACAACCCCCUGCUGAGUCAUCUAAUGGGUGUUCUCUUCCCCGGCCUGCACCCAUUCCUCUGCAUGUUCCUGAGGAUGGGUGUUCUCAAGCUCCCAUAAGUCAUGUUCUGUGCACUGAUCUCAAAGUGUCAGGAGACUAUACUGUGCCUGCGUCUCCUCAGAAUAAUGAGAAGACGUCCCCCUCCAAACUUACGGGAGGAGGCGGAGGUGGAGAAGCAAGCUCUCCUUUGUCCACAAAGCAAGGCCCAGAAGCUGCCGGCGUUGAGUGUCCAUCCAAGGUUCUUGUGCAGGUCAGGUCCUUCAUGCUGCCUGUGGACAGCCCGCAGGAUGUGAGCUCCCAGAUCAUCGCAGAGAGCUCUGAAGUCAGAGAAGGGCAGUUGCCGAGCAGUCACAGUAAUGAACUUGAAGUGGUUUCCCUUGCAAGCCGUGCUCUCCCGAAAGAGGAAGUCCCGGGCAGUAAGAGCCCGUCACUCAAGCACAUUCAUUGCAGAGAGGAACACGGAGCCAAAUGGGGCUCACAAGCCGUGCCGCCAGCAUCAGAGGAAACUCCGCUUGUGGGAGCUCAAAGUCAGGGCAACGGAAAACCCACACAGGUUGAAUCCGGUGCCGCCAACCCCCCCGGCACUAGAAAUCAUUCAGAACCCAUGCAAAGGCCAGAUCAAAGUGCGCAGGGCCAGGACAGCCCUGCCAGUCUUCUGAACACGUCUGCUGGGAGUGAUGAUAGUGUAUUUGAUUCUUCCUCUGAUAUGGAAAAAUUCACUGAAAUUAUCAGAAAGAUGGACAGCAUCGUGUGCGUGCCUCAGAAGAAAAAGAAGCCCAGGGUGCCAAACCCUGCCCCCCCUCACUUUGCCAUGCCCCCCAUCCAUGAGGACAAUUUAGAAAAGGUGUUUGAUCCCAACCUGUUUACCUUUGGUUUGGGGAAGAAAAGGGAAAGCCAGACGGACAUGUCACCAGCUUUACAUUUGAUGCAGAACUUUGACACAAAAUCUAAACUGAGGCCGAAGCGUGCGUCUGCCGAGCAGAGCGCCCUCCUCCAAUCCUUGCUCGCUCACCCUAACGGGAAGGACGGACCCCUGGCAACUCCGGAAAUGAAUGACAAAGAGAACAGGGAUGUCGCAAAUGGUGGGGUUAAGAGAUCUAGGCUAGAAAAAAGUGCCCUUUUCUCAGGCAUGUUAUCUUCUCUACCCCAAGACAGAAUCUUUUCUCCCUCCGUCACGUCAGUCAAUACUAUGACCACGUCUUUCAGCGUUUCUCAGAGCAGUUCCCUUUCUCGGUCUGCUGAGGCGCGGUCCCUGGUGGAGGGUGCCACGCCCUGCGGUUCAGACAACGAUCGCCCACAUCUGCCGCCCUGCUUAAAGGUCUUCACCUUCGACUCAUCAAGCACAUCUCAUUCAGGUUUGAAAAGUCCAAGCUACAUGGAAAAAGACCCGCAAAAAGAGGAAGCCAGAAAGGAUCUGGAUUCACGAAGCAACCUACACUCACCAGAAACUAAGUUUUCUGAAUUUUCAAAACCAAAAAACAACGAGGAUAGGUUAAAGGCUAAUCACAUUGAAAGUGUCCUUAAGUCAAACUCGUCCAGCGGUGGAAACAGUGACCCAGACUUCAUGGGUCUUUUCAAAUCCAGCCGGUUUGACCCGAACGUUUCUUUUUCUGGGUUGUCGUUCUCAGAUGCAUCGACACUUCGAGGAAUUGUCCAAAAUAAAAUCAACCCCCGACCUGGAAAGGUAGUGAUAUACAGCGAGCCGGGCGCCUCUGAGCCGUGCGCGGAAGCUUUCACUGACGUCCAGGAUUGCACCCCUUGGGCCCUCUCUCCUGUGAUACUUGUCAAGGUUGUCAGAGGAUGCUGGAUUUUGUAUGAGAAACCAAAUUUUGAAGGGCACUCCAUCCCCUUAGAAGAAGGAGAAUUGGAACUCUCUGGUCUCUGGGGUAUAGACGAUAUUUUGGAAAAAAAUGAUGAGGUGGAGUCAGUGAAGCCCGUGGUGAUUGGUUCAAUUAGACACGUGGUCCAGGAUUACAGAGUUAGUCAAAUUGACUUAUUUACUGAACCAGAAGGGUUAGGACUCCUCAAUUCCUACUUUGAUGAUACUGAGGAACUGCAGGGGUUUGGCUUCAUGCAGAAGACUUGUUCCAUUAAAGUACAUUGGGGCACAUGGCUGAUUUAUGAAGAACCUGGGUUUCAGGGUGUCCCUUUUAUCCUGGAACCUGGCGAAUACCCUGACUUAUCCUUCUGGGACACACAAGAAGCGUACAUCGGAUCCAUGCGGCCUAUGAAAAUGGGUGGCCGAAAAGUUGAAUUUCCUACAGACCCAAAGGUAGUUAUUUACGAAAAGCCUUUCUUUGAAGGAAAAUGUAUGGAACUAGAAACAGAAAUGUAUAAUUUUACUGUGGAAGGAGCUGGAACAGAAGAAGGAAGUGGAGAUGAAUGUUUGCCAUUCACGUCAGUGGGAUCGAUGAAAGUUCUGCGAAGCAUCUGGGUGGCUUAUGAGAAGCCUGGAUUUACGGGUCACCAGUAUUUGCUGGAAGAGGGAGAAUACAAGGACUGGAAGGACUGGGGGGGUCACAACGGAGACCUGCAGUCUCUACGACCUAUAUCAAGUGAUUUUUCAAAUGCUCACAUGAUAAUGUACAGUGAAAAAAACUUUGGAUCCAAAGGUUCCAGUAUUGAUGUAUUAGGAAUUGUUGCUAAUUUAAAGGAGACCGGAUAUGGAUUGAAGACACAGUCUAUUAAUGUGCUGAGUGGAGUAUGGGUGGCCUAUGAAAACCCUGACUUCACGGGAGAGCAGUAUGUCCUGGAUAAAGGCUUUUAUACCAGCUUCGAGGACUGGGGAGGCAAGAAUUAUAAGAUCUCUUCUGUUCAACCCAUAUGUCUGGAUUCUUUCACUGGCCCAAGGAGACGGAAUCAGAUUCAACUGUUUUCAGAAACACAGUUUCAAGGUCGCAGUCAAAGUUUUGAAGAAACAACAAGUCAUAUUGGUGAUUCAUUGCCUACCAAGUCCUGCAGAGUUUUGGGGGGCAGCUGGGUCGCCUACGACGGAGAGGAUUUCUCCGGUAACCAGUACGUGCUGGAGGAAGGCCACUAUCCCUGUCCCUCCGCGAUGGGAUGCCCGCCUGGAGCGGCGUUCAAGUCUCUUCGUUUCAUCCAUGUUGAAUUUUCCGAACCAGCAAUUAUUCUUUUUGAGAGAGAAGACUUCAAGGGGAAAAAGAUCGAACUUAAUGCAGAAAUAGUUAAUCUCCGAUCCCUAGGAUUCAACACGCAGAUACGCUCUGUUCAGGUGAUUGGUGGCAUCUGGGUCACCUACGAAUUCGGCGGCUACAGAGGCCGACAGUUCCUCCUGUCACCGGCAGAGGUCCCCAGCUGGCAUGAAUUCAGUGGCUGUCGCCAAAUAGGUUCCCUGCGACCUUUUGUUCAGAAACAAAUUUAUUUCAAACUCCGAAACAAAGCAACGGGGUUAUUCAUGUCAACCAAUGGGAACUUGGAGGACCUGAAGCUGCUCAGGAUACAGGUCAUGGAGGAUGUCGGUGCUGAUGAUCAGAUUUGGGUUUAUCAAGAAGGAUGCAUCAAAUGCAGGAUAGCAGAAGACUGCUGUGUGACGAUCGUGGGGAGUCUGGUAACGUCGGGCUCCAAACUGGGCCUGGCCCUCCACCAGAACGCCGACAGUCAGUUCUGGAGCCUGAAGUCCGAUGGCAGGAUCUUCAGCAAGUUGAAGCCGCAUCUGGUUUUGGAUAUCAAAGGGGGCACACAGUAUGACCAGAAUCACAUCAUCCUCAACACUGUCAGCAAAGAGAAGUCAACGCAAGUGUGGGAAGCCCUGGUGCUCUAAGCCUGAAGGAGGAGCGCUGGGGGCGUGCUCCGGAGGCCGGCCGGCUACCUUGCAAAGGGAAGAGGACUGUGGACGGAGGAGCGGCGCGGAGAGCGGGCCUGCCCUUCCUGACGCUGGCCCACGCCCGGCUCUCACGGCCGUGAGUGGGGCAACUGUCCCAUCUUUUUAAAAGACUAUGAUAGUUUUAAACCGAUAAUGUGUCCUCCUUUCAUUUCUUGCCUUUCAGUUCCUUUCAGUAGCUGCCUAAACAGGUGGCCUCAUUAGCAGCUUUUGGGUGUUUUUUAAAAAAAUGCUAUGCCCACACUUUAAGCUUACGUAUGUUUUGAAUUAAUGCCACAGACAGUGACAGGAAAGAAAGAACAAACUUAACUGAUUUUGUGGACCUACCAACCCUAUGCCACAGGGAUGGAUGAAAGCUGUUUGUGAGGUGGAAUACUCAGCAUCUGAGAAGAAAAGGGUAUGAGGCCUGUGAUUUUAGUCCGGGACCUUCUGUUUUCUGGGAUUAUUAAUCAUACUAAAUAGUAAGGGGGCAAAGACUCUCACGGUCAGCCAUUGUAGGGAACUGAGUAAGUAUAAACAAAAUACUGUUUUCUUUCUGUUAAUGUUAAAAAUUAGUAAGCUUACAAGAUUUUAUGGCCAUGCCUGCUAACAUUUAUUAGCAGGGUUUGGGCCUGUUAACUUACCUGGGCUGCCCUAGAAUGUCACAAAUGAGGAUUGUCUUCCUUUCUUACCGAUGCUAUAGAACAGUAUGACGUGAUCUGACUUAUUAGCCCGUCUUCCCUCAUCUGCAGUUAGUUUUGGGCAAUGUUAUGCAGUCCUUUGCUAAACUCAGGUCGUUGAGCCCUGCUAGCCGGCGCCACCUGUGGUGUCUCCCGGCCACACUCCGGGGCAUGACCGGCGGGGCAGGCUCAGGGCUCAGGGUUCCGUGGCCCCUGCGGAAGCAGAGGAGUCGGGAGCUCAAGAGCAUGACUGGCAGUUCUCUCCAGAAAGUGCAGGAAAGGUAUAGCCCUAAGCCCGCUUGCUGGCCACAUCUCAGAACUGAGACCCGUAAGAUGCCAGCAUUUCAGUGAAACCCCAAAUCUUUCCCCGCAGAGCAGACCCUGGUCCAGACAGGGCUGCUCAGACGGGGCGCUCUGGCUCCCAACAGUCCUCGAGUCCCUUCUUGUGCUGUGUGUCCACAUUUCGUUUCCGUCACAGAACUGGGGUGCUUGUCACACGAAGAACAAAGCUUAUUUUCUCUUUAUCUGUUCCAGUAUGUUUCCAACUCUAAAAUGCUGAUGUUCUCUGAGUCUGUGGGAGGCACUGAUGGUCGGCAUAGUUUAUCUUCAGUUUGGGGUAAUGUCUGUACUUGUCUGACAGCAGCCAGCGUCUGUCCUGUUAGCGGUAUGGCUCCGGUUCUAGGCCUUUGUGCAUAUGCCAGCACGGGGGUAAGACGUUCCACAGUGGCCUGCGUUCACUUUAGCUCUCGAAUAAACUUGUUUCUGGGAACCUGUA